UUUUUUUUUUUGAAUUCUUUAAAAGAAAACUCAAUAAUAUGCCGUUAGACGAAGAUGAUGAUAGAUUGCACAUGCUUGCUUCAGAAGAUGAUCAUCAAACAAGUUUGUUACCUUCAUCUAGAACUCAACAUAGUUUAACAAAGUCAGAGAUUAUUCAAGGCAUGGCGAAUAGAUUCAUGUACUCUAAAUUCUAUAUUGGACUUUAUUUAGCCUUAGCUAUUUUAAGUUUUGUCUCUAUUAUUAUGUCUCUGAAGGAGAAAUGUCCUUCUUUGUUGUUUAUAAUCUUUGAAGCAAUCAUUAAUGCAGCCAUGAUUAUCGAAGUGAUUAUAAGAUUAUUAGCUCUGGGUCGAAGAUACUGGAGAUCGGUUUGGAAUAUCAUCGAUGUUAUAUUGGUUGUGUUAUGCGCAGUGACAUUGAUUGUUUUGACUACAGGAUGCUCCAUAGAGGAAAGGAGUGAAGCUAUAUUUGAUACUGUUUUAUUAGUUAUUCGUAAUGGAUUUCAGUUAAUCAGAUUAUUUAUGAUGCUUAGAAAAAAUCAAUAUUCAUUAAAUGCUAGAUCUACAAGAAUUGAUUUUGAUGAUAUACCUGAUGUACAGCGUGAACCAUCGUUAGAAUUCACAGCUCUGGAUCAUGAUAGAGGAUUAGAUGAAAGCUUUUUAGAUGAUGAAGACUCUGAUAUAGAUCAACAUCAAUAAGAAUCAACUUUCAUCCUACUGCCUUUUAAGAGUGGUAUUAUUACCGAACUCAAAUAUAUAUAUUCAUGUAUAGAUAUUUAACUUUAUUUUCCCUCUUCCCCCUUCAAAACAUUUCUUUCUCUCUCUCUCUCUCUGUUUUCCUAUUUACGUCCUUUCUAUUCUAUGUAUUAUAUUUUAGUAGCUAAUAAAAAGAUAAGCAC